GUGUGUGUGUUUUGGUCUCCUUUGAUGGACUGAAUGACCUCUUGGACAAAAUUGUACUUUGUUUCUGCUCAAGUUCUACUCAGCGCGUUGCCGUGUCUUUGGAAGGUCUGCCUAGCUUUUUUGUUUUUUACACACUGGCUGCAUGCGAGGAGAGGACGUCCGUGCUGAGGUAAGAAGCAGCAUCUGAGCCCUGAUGUAAGAGCGUUGAAGAGCGAGAGUUGAGACGCUUGUAAAGAAGAGAGGAUAACUUCACACCAGAGGAGAGGGUGGGACUGAAAAGAGAUGGCUGAAGCACCGCAGCAGGGACAGCAGCAGGAAGAAGAGGAGGAGCAGCUGAGUGAGGAGCAGCUGAGCUCCUCUGGGUCUACAGAUGCUGAUGAUGAGGUGGAAGACCUGAAAGAGGAUGUCCAGACGGCCCCGACCAGACCGCUGCUGUCCAUGAGGUCUAUGAGCAUUGUGGAUCCGGAUGACGACUCGCCGAACAUGAUCGUCUACAGAAAAAUCGAAGACAUCGUCACUCUCAUCCAGGAUGAGACAGAGGGUGUUCCCAUCAGGACGGUCAAAAGCUUCAUGACAAAAAUCCCCAGUGUUGUCACAGGUACGGACAUUGUUCAAUGGAUGAUGAAGACCCUGGCCAUCGAAGACCCAGCUGAGGCCAUGCACAUUGGGAGUCUCAUUGCAGCUCAGGGCUACUUCUUUCCCAUCUCUGACCAUGUCCUCUCCCUGAAGGACGACGGCACUUUCUAUCGUUUCCAGGCACCGUAUUUCUGGCCUUCUAAUUGUUGGGAGCCUGAGAACACAGACUAUGCCAUCUACCUUUGCAAGCGGACCAUGCAGAAUAAGACCAGGUUGGAGCUGGCCGAUUACGAAGCGGAGAACCUCGCUCGGCUCCAGAGAGCCUUUGCCAGGAAGUGGGAGUUCAUCUACAUGCAGGCUGAGGCCCAGGUCAAGAUUGACCGGAAAAAAGAUAAAACCGAGAGGAAGAUCCUUGACAGCCAGGAGAGAGCCUUCUGGGACGUCCACAGACCCGUGCCCGGAUGCGUCAACACUACAGAGAUGGAUAUCAGGAAAUGCAGACGCAUGAAGAACCCUCAUAGAGUUAAAAAGUCAGUGUAUGGUUUGGCAGAGGAGGGCACACAGUCCCGUAGUCCCAUCCACACCCCUUCACACCACUCCAGGAAGGGCACCAAGGAGGACGUGGAGAAAGAGAUUUUAUUCCUGAAUGCCCAGCUUGAUCGCCACUGCAUGAAGAUGUCCAAAGUUGCUGAAAGUCUGAUAAGCUACACGGAGCAGUACAUGGAGUACGACCCUUUUGUGACGCCGCAGGAGCCAUCUAACCCUUGGACCAGCGAUGACCCCUCCUACUGGGACCUGGAGGCCAGCAAGGAGCCCGGUCAGCAGAGGGUGAAGAAGUGGGGCUUCUCGCUGGAAGAAGCCUUGAAGGACCCAGCUGGACGAGAUCUCUUCUUCAAGUUCUUGGAGUCCGAGUUCAGCUCGGAAAACUUGCGCUUCUGGUUGGCCGUGCAGGACCUGAAGAGGAUUCCACAGCAGGAAGUAGCACAAAGAGCGCACGAAAUCUGGGCCGAGUUUUUGGCAGAAGGAGCGCCGAGUUCCAUCAACCUAGACUCUCACAGCUAUGAGCGCACCAGCCACAACCUGAAAGAUCCUGGAAGAUACAGCUAUGAGGACGCACAGGAUCACAUCUACAAGCUGAUGAAGAGCGACAGCUACGCCCGCUUCCUGCGCUCCAACGUCUACCAGGACCUGCUGACGGCCAGAAAGAAACUGGAAACGGAGCAAGGCAGACGGACCUCCUUGGAGAAGUUCACUCGCAGUGUGGGCAAGUCACUGACUGGCAAACGUCUGACGGGCCUCAUGCAGUCGUCCUGACGACGUCUGGACUCUGAGCUGGACGGAUCGUUACCCAUAAGCGCUGGAAAAGGAGCGUGGUGUGUGUGUGUGUGUUUGGCAGGCGCAUGAUAGCACCCGACUGCUGGACUGGACCGCCACCGACGCGCUUUAAACUUCUCCCCACUCGAGUGAAAGGCGGCCGACAGCAUGCAAUAAACCAUCAGAGCUGACACAGGACACUGAGAGGUACAAGAAAGGAAGGUUCCCCUCGUGUUUUUAAGGUAGCUUAGCUGCUAAAGCUAUCAUUCAUGAUGUAAACACUGGAAACCACGUCCAUGCUGUAGAUUGAUGUGUUGUGGAUGUGGGCGUCCAUCGCCAUGGCGACGGGAUGCUGUGAGCGAAACAGCUGGGACAUUGCACACAUGAUUAGGUGAUGUUGGAUGAAUAAUUACGUGUGUUGAUCAUUUUCAUAACAAAUAAUGUAAUACUUGAAAUGACAUUCAUUGAUAUAUGUUCCAGUGUGUUGAAAUCUUCCAAACAUUCCACGACUUCAUGCGGCAAAGCUUCGGUUCUAGUGGGACAACACCACUUCUCAUGGUGAACGAAAUAAAAGAGGAA